AUGAGGGAACCGCGCAAGCAACCCGCUGCAAAGGCCACACUGGAACCUGUUGUCAGCAAGCUCGAACGGUUCGUCUUGUACGAGACAUCGAGUCACCUGUACCUGACUGCUAGUGACCGGUCCGAAACCACCUACAGAGUGCUCAAGCUCGACCGUCGAGUGGUAAAUCCAACAUCCCUGGCAGACAUUUGCCAGGAGGAUCCGGUCGUGUACACUCCAAUCGACAUGAUCGAAAUGUUGGACAUGAUCCACGAGGGAAACCGAACCGUUGGAGGGCUCAGCAUGACUGCCAAGGGUUAUGGCAUCGUAGGAUUCGUCAGGUUCCUCGAUUGCUACUACCUCAACUUCAUCACGCAACGCAGGCUGGUAGGUGCGAUCGGGGGAAACUUGGUAUAUGCCAUCAAAGCCACGGAGAUGUUUGCUAUCAAACCUGCCGACACUGCAUCUGGGGCACUCAGCUCUACCGCAGCACACGGCAAUGACUCCAAUGCGUUCGUCAGCACCUUGGCGAAGGUCAACCGGCGGCUUCACCCCACCCAGAGGGAAACAGCGGAGGCAAAGUAUCUGGGCCUGUUUCAGUUCAUCGACUUGACGAAGGACUUCUUCUACUCCUACACCUACGACCUCACCAACUCCUUGCAGCACAACAUGACGGCGGCGACGAGCAAAACGUUCCCCCCUCCGCCGUUCAAGGACAUGUACGCUUGGAACUUUCACCAGACCCGAGAGCUCGAGGCGCAGGUUGGACACCUGAACUCGUCCUUUUGGGUUAUUCCCAUCGUACACGGAGCUUUCCUACAGCGCAAGUGCGACCUGUCUGGACGCAUGCUGAACAUAACGGUCAUCGCUCGCCGCUCCAGGCAUUUCGCAGGAACACGGUAUUUGAAGCGUGGCGUGAGUGACACGGGCAAAGUUGCGAAUGACGUAGAGGUCGAACAGAUCGCACAUGCGGAGGGGAUCAAGGAGGGCGUGUUCUCUUCGUUCUUGCAAAUGCGAGGAUCCAUUCCGACGUUCUGGACACAAGAGAGCAGCAUUUCAAUCCCCAAGCCCCCCAUCGUCAACAGUCGUGUUGACCCUAUGUACUCUGCCACUCAGGAUCACUUCGCGGAUCUUUUAGAGAGAUAUGGCUCGCCUGUCCUGGUCCUUGACCUAGUCAAGCAGACGGAGAGGAGAGAACGGGAGGUCAUCGUGGGCAGGGAAUAUCGCCGGGCAGUUGAACAUGUCAACUCCACCAUGCCGUCGGAGCACAAGAUCAGGUACUGCGCCUUGGAUUUUUCUCAUUUGAGCAAACACCGAGACAUGAACGUUCUGAAGGCGCUGGAAGAAGUUGCAGCUUGGACUGUGGGGCAAGUCGGUUUUUUUUGCAGGCAAGCGAGAUCGCGGUAUUAUUGGUUUUGUCUCUCGUUGUUGAUCUAUUGUUGGCACUUGAUUGAGGGGGGAGUUUUUUACGGCUUCAGUUGUCACUUGCAGUAUUUCGCUGUUCAUAGGUCAACGGGCUCUGCGAGCGGUGAAUCGGAAUCAAGAACCCGCCCCCUCGCCUCUACUGCCGUGCUUUCCCCCCAUUUUUCUGUAUCUUCUUGGUCCCAAAGCGCUCCUCGCAGAGAACUGCUGUCGAAAGACCAGGGCACCACCGGGGGAGGCGAGUUGCCAUCACUCAGGCGAGCCCAAAGCUAUUCCCAAGGCGGUUUGGCAAGAACCCGCAACGCACCGGAAGCGCCACAAAGUCUCCACGAAGUCAACGGGCAAGGGGAGGCAAUGCUGCACGCUAAAAGUGGCGAACCGAACGCGGGAGUGGACAGUUCUAUCCCGAAACGACCCUCUGGAGAUCCUUCUGGUCUAUUACCACCACCUUGGGGCCAAGGACUCCCCGUGAUGCCGAUGGAGCAGCAAGGGGUCCUCCGCACGAACUGCAUCGAUUGCUUGGACAGGACAAAUGUUGGUCAGUUUAGCAUUGGUGUACACGCACUCGCCAAACAGCUUUACGUCAUGGGCGUCAGCAACCAAGUGUCGUUGGAGUCUGGAUCUCAGGUCGCGUUGGUGUUCAUGGAGCUCUACAGCGAGCUCGGAGACAACAUUGCUCUUCAAUACGGAGGUUCCGAAGCACACAAAAAAGUGUCGAGGGGCAACGGACCAGGCAAGCAGGUGGGGUCUAUGAACAAGCACCGCGAGUUGCUUACGUCGAUCCGUCGAUACUACAGCAACGCCUUCACAGAUCGUGCCAAGCAAGACGCCAUCAACCUCUUCCUGGGAUACUACGUCCCAACCACCACCGGCAAGCCGUUGUGGGAGCUCGACACAGACUACUAUUUGCACAACUUUCACGCUGAGAACGCUGGUCUCCAGAGCAUGAGAGAGUACAAGAAAGACCACUACUUCUUGGACCAGGACGAGGAACCAACUGGUGACAGCAACGAGAGUGGGGCGAACGCCCUUUCAGCAGCGACAACCUUGAGUGGGAUGAUAGAUGAAGACCGCAUAGCAGAGAUGCAGCUGAAGCGCCGCCGCGUGCGCCGGAUGUGCGCUCGACAACGGGCUGCCACAAGCCAGUGGUGGCGAGAUGCAUUGCAGCGGUACGCUCAGCAACGGAUGUGGAUGCACCUCGGCCCACCAAAACAAGGACAACUUCCAGAACGCUUCAUUCGAAUACACGAGCCGGAGCGCCUCACGAUGUUCGAGAAAUGGUUCUCGCACGAGUUUGCGGUUCCGGUUCCGGCGAACCCUGGAAGGAAAGCCAGUGGAGGAGGCGGGCGUCCUUCAGCAGGUACCUUAUCGACCGUGGAGGAGAAGAUUCCAAGCCGCUCCGUUUUCCAGAAACCCGCGAAGGAACCACGGCGUGGAGAUCAGAGCGUCACCAUCGGGCGGUACGUACGAGACAUAUCUGUCAAGGCACGAAGUAUGCUCGGUCGACCACAGCGCGGCGUGCUUACCUCAAGCAGGCCGACGGAGUCCGUUCACGCAGAUCGCGAGCCAGACACGCGAGAAGGCCCAAUGUGGGGCGUUCGUGACGUGGCUUACAUUGGGUCGCCGCUUGCGGAAGAGGAUGCCGACACAGAGUUGGCAUCUUAUGCGGCCUUUUCGAACGACAUGAGUCUUCUCGUCGACCCUGAGAACGAGACGGAGUUAGCUUCUUAUUUGGCAGAUUUCACGCUAGCCACAGAUACCGCCGCGGGUGCCCUGGCGUUGCAGAAGUUGGCGGAGGAGCACCACUGUGGAGCAACGCUCACGGUCGAACCGUACGAAGGGCUACGCAAGGACAUUUCUGCACGACGAGUAGCGGCAGCAGUUGUGCGGCAAGUGCAACAGCUUGGGUGGGCAACUCAACGUAAUCUUGACUUGGAGGAGGGUUGGGAAUUAACUCAAGCGCACCUUCAGCACUCGGGCAUCAACGUGGACGGUGUCGUCAACCAAAUCCGCCGGCGCCUCGAACAUGAAGAGCAAGAGCAAGCCCAUCUCGAGGAGGUGCUGGGUUUGGAGGCCUUGCAAAGCAGAACCAGCACGUUCGCAACAGAGGAGAGCAUGGACCUGUAUUGCUCAUAUUUUUCCAAGGAUGGUGCGGUGAAAUCCGCCCCUUCAAGGUCUCGCGAAAAACAGCCGAGCUCCUCUGGUGCGGUGAAGAAGAGGAUGGACGAUCGAUCCAACUUUACUAUGGUCGAAGAAGAUGUCUUCUCUCCCAAAGAAUACCAGUAUUUUCUCUUCAACGAGGCAGGCAAGAACAGCGCUUCACGAAUUUUGUUCGGGGUGGAGUCGGAAUGAAACAUACACCAUCGUGCUGGUUGGGGACCUGGUGUGGACGGACUCAUGGACCUCCACACCAACACUCGAUCGGUCUUCCAGGAGUCCAUACGGGAUCAUCGCAAUCAGUCAUCUCUCCGCGGCGUCUUCGAAAAGAUGAUCUGAUUUAUCCCGAUACUGACUGAAGAGGCAGCCUGCUGUGCUUUCCUACACUCUGAUGUGGUUG